GUUCGAAAAGGUUGAAAAAGCUGGAACGUGGCUUUUCAAAUUCCGACCACGCAACUCGCAAGGACGGCACAAGCGUUCUGACAGCGCACAGGACAGAAGCACCAUGGGAACCAAGGAGCCAUUAGUGGCAACGCAGAAGAAUGCCGCGCUCAAGUCGUUUCUGGCGGGGGGCUGUGGUGGCUUCGCGAUGGUUGGGGCAUCCCAUCCAUUCGAUUUGACGAAAGUCUUGAUGCAAACGUCGGGAGAAAACAUGCACAGCAAGUCCACCUUCCAAGUGAUGCGGACGAUCUUUGCCGAGAACGGAAUAAGAGGACUCUACAAGGGUGCUGUUCCCGUAUUCGGCGCUGCUCCCCCAGUCCUAGCAACGUGUCUGUGGGCUUACUACAUGGGGCAGGUCCUGGUCCGCGACUUCACGGGCGGCCCCGCGCACCCGAAUCCAUCAGCGGAGCUGAUCGAUACCCUCAGCUUGGGCCAAGUCGGGUUAGCAGGCGCCUUCUCAGCUGUGCCUACAUCGCUCAUCCUUGGACCUGCCGAGCAAGUGAAAAUCCGGCUGCAGCUGGCGAAGGCGGGAGCCUCGAAGGGUGCUUUUGCGGUCAUGGGGGAUAUCGUGAACCAGUCGGGGGUGCGGGGCUUGUUUAGAGGCACAGGGUUGACGUUGAUGCGGGAUGUGCCGGGGAGCUUCUUUUACUUUGCGACGUAUGAGGCUAUUAAGAGAGGGCUGACGACGGGGAUCGAUGCUCAGUUGAAUCCGGCUACUGUGCUCUUGUCGGGGGGUCUCGCUGGAAUGGUCAAUUGGACAGUGGCCAUCCCAAUAGAUACGGUGAAGUCCCGCUUCCAAUCUAGUGCUGGAUCCUCAGGAUCGCUAGCGCAAUGCUUCCGACAAAUCUUGGCCGAAGGUGGACCGCAAGCGCUCUUCCGCGGACUUCGGCCGACUCUCAUCAGGGCGUUUCCCGCGAGUGCCGCCUUCUUCGGCGGUGUAGAAGGGAGCAAACUGAUCCUGAAUCGUAUUCUGUGAUUCAUACCUACUAUGUAGAGCACUGUUGAGCACGCACAUUGCAUAGCCGGUUCACGGCGGACAUUCAUCAUCACACGUUUGAGCUUAUGGAAAAGUGGCAUUGGGACAAAAAUGAUGGUAGCAGGUGCUAUGGAUCAGAAUCC